GUCUGUGACUUGUUUGCAUAGACCUCACGCAGACCGGCCGUACUUUCUGAUCUAACCAUGGCCCGCAAUGAAGAGAAGGCGCAGUCAAUGCUAUACCGUUUCCGCGAGGCUCAAGCAGCUGAGCUUGGCCUCGGGACGCGUGCAGAUCGUCGUCCGAAGAUGGCCAGCGCCUGCAAGAGCCUAAGGGAGUGCGAGCGGUGGAGAGGUGAAAUCUUAAGAGAGCUAAGCCGCAAAGUGUCCAAGAUUCAGGAUGCUGGUUUGACCGACUAUGAAGUUCGAGACGUGAAUGACGAGAUCAACAAAUUGAUGCGCGAGAAGCGCCAUUGGGAAAACCAGAUCAUUGCGCUGGGAGGUGCCAACUAUCGCCGUAAUGUAGCCAUGUUGGAUGACGAUGGGAAGGAAGUGCCUGGGACAAAAGGAUACAAGUACUUUGGCCGCGCGAAAGAUCUCCCAGGCGUGCGCGAACUCUUUCAGAGCAAGAAGAAAGAGGAAGAGGAGGAAAGUGAAGCGCUUUCAUUUUACAAGAAGUUCACGAAUCAAGGCCCCGCAUACUUUGGAGACCUGGAUGAAGCAGAUGGAAAGUUAUUGGGAUAUGAGCGUCAAGCAGAAGAAACAGAAUGGAGAGACGAAUAUACGAACGUCCGGGAAAUCCUCGACCUCCCUCUUGAUGAACCAAUACCUGAAAUACCUCGUGGAUCAUUGGCAAGCUCAUCACCACUCCCACUAAACGGGCUCUCUCCACCUCAACAUCUAUCAAAUACUAAACGCAAAGCUCAGGAAGAAGAUGUCGAGAUGGACACGGCAAAUUCGGAGGCAGAAAAACGGCUUCGUAAAGCCGAAUCAGACAACACAACGAAGGCAGAUGUCUCAUCACAUGGAGGCGCAGACUCAAUACGCGCGCACGCGACUACAGCCGCUGCUUACCUGGGCUUUUUGUCGCCAGAAGACCUGAUGCCACCGACACUUCCGACUAGAGAGGAAAUGGAGGGCGUGCUAUUAGCCCUCAGGAAACAAGCACUGGUGGAGGAAUAUUUUGGCGAGUAGUUAUAGUGUCCUUGUACGAAUUCUGUUGUAUUGUGAGUGGUUCUACUCAGGUCACCGUUCUGGAGACUCUUCCUGCGUACAUUAUAUGAUGAGGCUGACACGA